AUGAACAGACUGAAAGACUAUCAAAUCACCUACGGGUUCAAUGACAAACAAAAUAGAUACAAAGGAUAUACGAGAUAUGUUAGACCUUCAGAGGGUUCAGCUAUGAAACUGUCAAAAUCAGGGGUUAAUAAAAUAGAAGAAAAAAUGAAGGCUUACUUUAAGAAGAAAUUUGGAAAGGAAGUAAUUGGACGUGGAAGUGAAAGAGUAAGAAUGUCUUUGACAGAGAUAUUUGAUAUAGUAAAAGGUGAUAAAGAUGUGUCCAAAGAUACAAUGGUAAGGCAAAGGAAAUCUGAAAGACUUAAAUUCAACUUAAAAAAAGGUGAUAAGAUUAGAAAGCAGUUUCCGGAAAUUAGAAAAAAACCUUUUAUUGGAGAAAUUCAAAAGACAUUUUUCCAUGAUGACGGUGAACAACUGGUAAAUAUCUAUUAUGAGGAAGAUAAUACUAACGAAAAUGUAUCUCUUGAAGAAGCAGAGCAACUUCGAGCAGAUUAUCUGGGAAAUUCACAAAAAUUCUAUGUAAAAAAAAAUUUGCGGGUUCGGAUUUAG